AUGAAGUUGAUUACCGUUCUGCCGUUGCUUGGCACCGCUUCUGCCGCCAUCAUGAUGCCCAAGGACUUGGAUGUUCAGGAUACCAGAUCAAUCCGCAACGUCGCCGCCACCAUUGCCCACGACACAAUGUCCUACUACCAAGGCAAUACUACUUCGGAGCCUAGAGCCAUUGGAAAUGUCAACCGUCCUUACUACUGGUGGGUGGCUGGUGCUCUUUGGGGCAUGAUGAUUGACUAUUAUCAUGUUACCAAGGACCCAAGCCACAACAAAGCCGUCCUCGAUGCUCUCCUUGCCAAGGUCAAUCUCGGUCCCGACAACAACUAUCUCCCUCCCGAGCACGCUGAUGAGGAGGGCAACGACGAUCUCUUUUUCUGGGGCAACGCCGUUCUCUCGGCCGCCGAAAACAACUUCCCCCAGCCCAACAAGGACCUUCCUUCCUGGCUCGACAUUAGCAAGAACGUCUUCAAAUGGCUCGAGUCCAAGUGGGACACCAAAAACUGCGAUGGCGGCGUCUUUUGGCAAAUUCUCGCGAGCAACCCCAACGGCCUCAAUUAUAAAAAUGCCAUCAGCAACGGCGGCUUCUUCCAGCUCGCUGCCCGUCUCGCCCGCGCCACCAACGACGAUCAGUACCUUCAGUGGGCGCAAAAGAUUUGGGACUGGUCUUGGGACAAGAACCUAAUUGACCACCAACUCUAUCGCGUCUACGAUGGUGUCGACAUUCGCGACCAGUGCACAAAGCCAAACGGAGCCUCGUACACCUAUCUUAGUGGCAUCUACCUGUACGGUGCAGCCGUCUUGGCCAAUCACACUGGCAAGCCCGAAUGGUCUGACCGCGCUGAAAAGCUUCUCAAUGGCGCCAGCUGGUUCUUCUUCAACGACGGUGAUAACAAGAACGUCAUGUACGAGGGCGCUUGCGAGCCCAUUGACUCAUGCUUCAAGGGCAAUGCCGACAUGAGCACCUUCAAGGGUUACCUGGCUGACCUUAUGUGGAAGAGUGCCGUCAUGCAGCCUUCUCUCCACUCCAAGGUUGCUGAAUGGCUCAUUCCCACCGCCAAGGCCGCUGCUCGAUCCUGCCAGGGCGGCAAAACCAACUCUGAAUGCGGUAUGAAGUGGUCCACCGGUGGCUACGAUGGCCAGACGAACUUGGGCCCUCAGAUGAAUGCCCUCGGUGCUGUCCAAGGUCUCCUGAUCGAUUCGGCUCCUCCGCCCAUGAAGGCUGGCAGCAUUGUUCGAAACUUUGACACCAACUUUGCGCCUGUUGACCCCAACCGAACGGAUACUCCAACAUCGACGGAGAACAGUACGUCUGAGACACGCGCCUCUACCUCAACCGAGACCCCUACAACCACAUCUACGACCAUUUCCGAUACUCCUACCACUUCAUCUACACCUGCAUCCGAAACACCCAGCAUCAAGAGUUCUAGCUCAGAAACUUCCAGCACCGCGAGUUCUAGCUCCGCGUCAACAAUCCCUGCCACUUCAGCAACCCUUCCUACCCAAACUGAGGCGCCAACUACGAGCGAGACUAGCGAGACUUCGACCACUAAGAAGACUACCAUGCCAACUUCCACCGGCGAGUCGGCUGCCAUGACGGGGUUUACCAACCAUGUUUGCUUUGCUGUGACUGUCGCCUUUGGCUCAGUCCUGGUAAACUGGUUGGCAUAA